AUGCCUUUUACAAAAGACUUUAUAAUGGGAGGUAUUUCCGCUAUAGUGGCUAAAACUAUUAUGGCACCAAUAGAACGUGUCAAACUCCUUUUACAACUUCAGCGAGCUAGUAAACAGAUUGAUACACACAAUGCUUAUAAGGGAAUUAUAGAUGCGUUCGUUCGAAUACCAAAAGAACAAGGAUUCCAUAGUUUUUGGAGAGGUAACAUGAGCAACGUUAUAAUGUAUUUUCCGACACAAUCCUUAAACUUCGCUUUCAAAGGUCUGUAUAAACGUUUCUUUCUGGUUGGAGUAGACAAAAGGACACAAUUUUGGAAAUUUUUCGCCGGUAACUUGGUAUCUGGAGGAGCAGCCGGAGCUACUACAUUGUGCAUAGUAUACCCUCUAGACUUUGCAAGAACACGUUUAGCAGCCGAUGUCGGUCGUGGUAUUCAUGAUAGACAGUACACCGGUAUUAUAAAUUGUAUAUCGAAAACUCUAAGAACGGACGGUACUUUCGGUUUAUACAGAGGAUUUUGUAUAUGUGUUCAAGGUAUUUUUAUUUAUCGAGCUGCAUAUUUCGGUUUAUUUGACACGGCUAAAGGACUUCUUUGUGACCCACACACGACUCCAUACUACGUAUUUUUUAUUAUAGCACAAGCUGUGACCACAGCUUCCGGACUUAUUUCCUAUCCGUUUGAUACAGUCGGAAGGAGAAUGAUGAUGCAAUCCGGUCUUCAAGAACACGAAGUUAUGUACAAAAAUGGUUUCGAUUGUGUUAGUAAAAUAGCGAAAUACGAAGGAUUGAAUGCUUUCUAUAAAGGUGCUUUCGUGAAUGUUCUCAGAGGGAUAGGAGCAGCCUUAGUGUUAGUGGUUUUCGAAGAUCUCCAAUCAAGAUUUAAUUGA